CACACUGAAAACUUUGUUGAAAUAGGGAGGAUGUGAGUAGAAACAUUGACUCUGUCCAUUGGUGCCAACAAAGUCACUGCACAGGUUUUAAGAUGAAGGUGCUGCUUCUGCUUCUGAUGACGACAGCCUGUGCUGCCCUAACACAAGAUCUUUCUGGUAAGAUGUUCACCUUUCCACUGGAAACCAACAGUGCUUAUGUGAAGUUUAACACAUCAGGAAGAGAUUUUAAUGCCAUAACUGUUUGCCACAGAUCAUUUACAGACCUCAAGAGAGACCACGGGCUGUUCUCCUUGUCCACACCCAAUAAUGCCAAUGACUUUUUGAUUUUCUGGGAUAACACCAAUAAAGAAAUGGAGGCACACAUUAAGAAUAAAAAGGCUGAGUACGGAGGCCGUGACUACAAGCCCAACACGUGGCACUCUAUCUGCACCACAUGGGACGGGACGACUGGACUGACACAGCUGUGGUUCAAUGGACAGCCUUCGAUCAGAAAAUUCACAAAUUCUGGGUCAAGCAUUGGUGGACCUGUCAAUAUUAUUGUGGGACAGGAGCAGGACAGCCAUGGUGGCGGGUUUGACAUCAAGCAGUCUUUGGUUGGCAUGAUGUCUGACGUCCAUAUGUGGGAUUACGUCCUCUCUGCCUGUGAGAUCCAGAAUUAUGUGGAUGAACGAAACUUCACACCAGGGAAUGUGUUGAACUGGAGGGCUCUGGACUAUCAGAUUGUAGACAAAGUGUUGCUUGAACAUAAAGUAACCGUUUGUUACUAACCCAUUUUAGAACAAUUUGAUCACAACAGCAACUCAUACAUUUCCAGUAACCAUUAUUGAAUCAUUAUUUUUGAAUUAUUUGCUUAACUAUAGAUUUGUGAUUGGCAUAACUGUGAAUUAAAUUGGACGGUGCUCGUUUUUUGUUUUUUUUUUUAUUUCAAAGUAUCAUUUAAAGCACUUAAAAACAUUUGUGUGAAAAAGUAAAAGUUGUCUGGAAUACGUAAUUCUCUUUUGUGCAAAUUUGUGAGUUUUUAUUUACAAAUUAAUGAUUUUUAAUAAUUUAAACCCUCCGGCGGUCUUAAGAAACGGGGUCUUUUAGACCCCACAAGUUUUUUACUCUGUGCACGGUCCAGCGGCGUAUUGACCGCACAUUAACUUUUAGAAAGUUUAUUUUUCGUCUGCGGUUUCAGCCAUUGAUGGUCUGACGGGACAAGCUGCCCACUUCCUCGCUGCCAAACCGUAACAUUUUCCGUGCUCCUCCUGAGCCUCAUGGUAAGUCUGCUAAUAUAUCAGUUUAACCAAAAAAUGAAUCAUGGCUUGAUUUAAAAGCAGACUACCUCAGUCGUCUUCUUCAUCCACAGACGUUCUUUGAAUUAUCAUCCAUUCCAGAAGUGAUGGAAAUGUCUCUAUAACAUGACAUGAGCAAUUAAAAAUGUGGAAAAAAACUGAGAAUUAUACACAAUUACAUUAUGAAGAAAAGAACUUGCAACUUGCUCAAAAGAAUGAGUUUCUAUGAUGUGCACAAUUUCAAUUCUGUCAUGGGAAAUGCAAAAAAUUGACUUAGGAAAACUGUAAAAUCUUGCAAACCUGCAAUAAAAUAGGCAUGACCUUUUUACAGAUAUUUGAUCAAUUUUUUUAAACAUUUCAGGUUUUUGUAUUGUUUAUUAUUCACAAAGUUCUUUUAUCGUCCUAAGUUCACCCACAAGUUAUCCUUUUUAUUCUGCUUUUAUAGUACAACUUUGUCCGAAAACGGCAGGACAACUAUGUUUGCUUCAGCUGUUGCACAUUAGAAACAGAUAAAUGCUGUACAAUGUGAAUUACUUUCAUUGUAGCUAAAAUAAAGAUUCAAUCUAGUACA